GAUGUCAGAAGACUUCUGCACCAGCCUUCGUCAGGUGUGGAAGUCUCUCUCUCGCCUGUGUAUCAGUGACAAAUUUCCACCGUUCUCACUGGGACGCUUGUCCUCGUCUAUUUAGCCGGCCGGGCACUCUACAGGAGGGGCACCUGUUCAUCGGCUUACUUUAGCAAGCUCCAUUUUUUCCGCUCUGCGGAAAAUUCUUUAACGGUCUUUGGUUGGAAGCCGGUUACUGAACUCAGGUGGGAGUGUGGGCGUCCCUCUUUGCUGGAGCUUGGCAAGGGCGUCCACCAGAUCUAAAUGGAAACUCCAAGUUUCUAUCUCUAUUUACAAAGGAAGUUUUGUUUCUUUUCUUUCAUCGCCCAGCCUUGGCCAACAAAUCUUCCUCGUACCCAAUGGAAAUAAGUCACUCAGUCUGACUUUUUUGGGUUAUCCUAGGUUCUCUACACAUAUGCUGCUAUGUAUGAUAAUUAUAUGUAACUGUAUUGUGUAUACCUGAAUAAAUUUACUUACUUACUUACUUACUUACUUACCAUCGAGGAACCGGACUCAAUACGGCUUAGGCUGUCAGUGGCCCUGAUAAACCCAACAACAACAAAAAUAAUAAUGUGUCAACUUUGGUGAGCCUUAACAACCCCAACAACAACAAGGUGGUGCUCAUGGUUGUGUAAGUUGUUGAAAACUUGUGGUUGUUGCAGCUUGUGGUGCUUCUGGACUUGUAUAUCAGUGAUGCUUAACACAAGAUGAGCCCAAUUUAACUUAUUAUGCCUCGACACAGUAGGGUACAGAAGGAAGUCCUUCAUUUAUACAAGCAGUGUCUUCGGGCAGCCGAGAAGAAGCCAAGUUUUUAUAGCAGCGUGCAACAAGAGUUUCGCAAAAAUGCUGCCAUUCCAAAAACAGAUUUACUUCGCGUAGAGCACUUACUUCGACAAGGCUGGCGGAAGCUGAAAAUGAUGCAAGAUCCAUUUUCAAGUUUGCCAACCCAGUCUCAAAAUGGCAAGCAGUAUUGUUUAUGUCCAAAAAUUGGGACGUAUGCGAUACUUACCAACUUGGGAGUACCAGAAAAUAAUUGCAGAAAGGGUACAAAAAAAUGUGAAUGUGGGAAGGACCCCCAGCACACUCUUCUUCUUGUGGAACACCAGCCAGUGUACACAACUGGCAUCCGUGAAUAUGAGUAUUCAGCUGAGGUGGAAACUCGGCUGAAGGCUACAGGUGCAGACUUUCAUCGUACAAACCGUGGGGGACUUAUAACUUUCCAUGGACCUGGGCAACUGAUAGCCUACCCCAUUGUACACUUGAAAUCUUUCACUUCAGGUAUUAAGUGGUAUGUGUGCGCACUGGAGCAGACUAUCAUGCACACCUUGGAGUCGCUGGGAGUUGUUGGUGCACACAGGUCACCUCAUACUGGGGUGUGGGUGGGUGAAAAUAAACUAUGUGCAAUAGGUAUUCAAGGACGUCACGUGACCACUCAUGGUUUAGCUCUAAACUGCAACGUAGACCUACAAUGGUAUGAUCACAUUGUGCCCUGUGGACUGGUUGAUAAAGGUACAACAAGCAUCAGCAAGGAACUAAGCAGGGAUGUAACGGUAGAUGAAGUCGAGCCUUACUUUCUGAAAUCCUUCUCUGAGAUAUUUCAGUGUCAACUUAUUAUGAUUGAUAAAAAAAUUGAUGAAGGAUGAUUAUAGGUAUUGGUUAAUUUUCAUUAUUAUUGUACUGAUAAACAGAAAAAUUAAUACCAAAAAUUUACCAUCAGGGCUUUUUAGAAACAAUACGUACAUAUAUUAAUAUUUUUUGAUGAAUAUAGAAGUCUUUUUUAAUUAAUGCUAAUUAUAAAAAACUUAUUGUGGUUAAUGCAACACUGAAUUAUAGGAAGAAAAGUUUAAUACUGUAUGAAUAUUUUGCCUGUGCCCUCUGAUAGAGCACACUACUACUACUUCAGAUAAUGGUAAAGGUGUGCUGGGUAGGUUAUUUUUUAGUAUGUGAUAUAUUUAGAAACAUAAAAGUUUCAUUAUGGGAUUUUCAUCCACAUCAGAAUUACAAAAUAUUCUUCCCAGUUUGUAUGUAUUUAUUUUUUUUAAGAAAACACUUAUACCAUCCUAAGUUUGAAAGUAAAAAAAAUGGAAGAUAUGGAAUUAUAUUCUUUAUGAGGAAUAAGUCAUAAUACUGUGGCUGGAACAAUUCACAUAUAACCUACACUUCGGAGUGGAAACUUGUAGCAACCUUUCAGUCUGUCCUGGACCAUUGUUGAGUCAGAGUUGACUUGGUGGUAGUCCAGGACACACACAAACAUCCUCACAAGUUUCCUCUCUUUAGUGCCGAUUAUUCAUGAAAAAAUUCCCUAUCCUGGAUAGAAAACAAAAAUUCAUAAAUUUUACACAUAUACAUGUACUUGGAGUGGUUGUGAAGAUUGCUCAAUUAUAUUUCAGUCAAAAUAAGAGCAGUGUAGUAUGUAUAUAAUUCUAGUUUCCAAAAACUUUUGAAAUAAAUACUAAAAUAACA